AGGAUCCCAUCAGUGCCUGGGAACCUCAGGGAUCCUGGCGAGGACAGAGGAGACAGAGAGAGGAGACAGAGGGAGGAGACAGAGAGAGGAGACAGAGAGAGGAGACAGAGGGAGGAGACAGGGAGAGGAGACAGAGAGAGGAGACAGAGAGAGGAGACAGAGGGAGGAGACAGAGGGCAUAAUGCUGUGAAGAGAGCUGCUGAACCAGGUCUGGGAUUUGUUGGUCUUAUCUGUGUCUUGAAGGCAUCCUGUGCAGGGUCUGGUCUGGUCUGGUCUGGUCUGGUCUGGUCUGGUCUGGUCUGGUCUGAGGGGAGUCUGCAGCACCAUGAGAGCCCCCAGCAACACGCUGCUCGUCUUCACGCUGUUCUUCGUCUCGUCUCUCAGCCAAGAGGAAUAUUCUGGAUCUCACUCAGGUGAGGAACACACCUUUGAAGGCUCCGCCGGCUCAGCUUCUCCACCAGAGUAUCCGCCCGAGCCCCCCCACGGCUACGACGAGGACCGGGAGGGGGACUACGACCCCUACGGUCCUGAACCCACCCGGGUCACCAUGAUCACCGAGGAAGCCUUCCCUUACGCCACCACCGCCGAGUCCCACUACGCCAAGGAGGACACGGAGACCAUGCAGGUCUUUACUGGCUCCCGGUUCACCACAAGGGCCGUCCCGUAUGAGUACCCUCCAGCGGGACCGGACUUGGAGGGGUCCGGGGCCGAGCAGGAAGCGCCGACCGAGUGCGACUGCGAGCCCGGACAGCCGGGCUUCGCUGGCUUCGCGGGGCCGAAGGGGUCCAGAGGCCUGCAGAGUAAAACCGGCGAGCCGGGAACUCAAGGCCGAGAAGGUUAUAAAGGAACCAAAGGGGCUCGAGGGAGAGGAGGAGACACCGGACCAGUGGGCGACGCUGGACCCGAAGGAGAUGACGGAGCGUCUGGUUUCUCUGGAGCCCAUGGAGAACCUGGACUCAUGGGAGACCCGGGUGACCACGGAGACCUGGGCCUGAAGGGCGACUUCGGGAUGGAGGGGCCCCGAGGGGGGGUCGGGGGUCCCGGUGAGACUGGCCCUCGUGGGGACGCUGGGGCUCCAGGACCAGCGGGAGGUUCAGGUGUCAUGGGGUCUCUGGGGGUCAAAGGUCAUGAGGGUCCUCAGGGACGAGACGGCCUGAAGGGGCAGACCGGCGCUCCGGGGUUUCCCGGUGACCUCGGCGACAGCGGAUACACCGGUUACCGUGGGCAACCGGGAUCCAUCGGACCGAGUGGCCCGAAGGGCGGUGAAGGUUUCGGCGGCCUGUCGGGCAGCGACGGCGACCCCGGAGAAGACGGGCCCAUCGGAGUCCCGGGUGUGAUGGGAGAUCCUGGACAGUUUGGAUUCAAGGGCGAUGAGGGGGAUCGCGGCGCCAGAGGACCUCGAGGCCGAGCGGGCGCCGCGGGAGCCGGAGGGGAGCGAGGAGACGCCGGCGUGCCGGGGAUGCCGGGAUCGAAGGGCCUGCAAGGCGAAGCCGGGUCCAAAGGUGAGACGGGACCCGACGGAGCCGCGGGUGCGUCGGGAAAGAAGGGCAUUAAAGCUGCUAAAGGACAAAAGGGAAACGCAGGCGACGGUGGAGCUAAAGGACAGCGUGGACCAAACGGCGGCGGCGGUCGCGGCGGCGUCUCCGGCCCCGUCGGACCGCCCGGCGUCCCCGGCACCAGAGGAGAGCGCGGCGCCAUCGGUGACCUCGGCGUUAGAGGUCAAGCGGGACCCAAAGGAGUCCCGGGGCCCUCGGGUCCCGGUCUGACGGACCAGCAGGUCCUGCAGCUCUGCAGGGCCGAGGCCGCGGCCCAGAUCUCCCGGUACGCCGCCUCCAUCCGGGCCAAGUGCUCCCAGGGCUGCCCCCUCAACAACCGGACCCUCAUCGGACCGCCGGGAGCCCCGGGGGGGUCGGGCUCGCCGGGGGAACCCGGCAAAGCAGGAAAGGCCGGCGUGGGAGGAGCCAGAGGCGCUCGAGGGGACCGAGGCCUGGAGGGGCAGGAAGGAGCGCCGGGCGACAGCGGUCAAAGGGGACCUAAAGGCAGCUCAGGUGAUGCAGGUAAAGGCCUGGCGGGACCCGACGGACCUCAAGGCCUCAGAGGUUUGCCGGGUCACCCAGCAGAACCCCAAAAUGGCAUGGAGGGCCCCCGAGGUCCGCGGGGCUUCCCCGGUCCGGUGGGCCAGUCCGGCGCUCUCGGGGUUGCCGGCGUGCCGGGUUUCUGCGAGGCGCGGGACUGCAGCAUUCACGCUCCGGUGGCGCGCAAAGAGCAAGGUCUGGUGAAAGGACCGGUCAGCGUACAGAUCUGAACACCAGAGAGUUAUUUAAAACAUUCAACUGGCGGCGACUUCCAGGUUCGUCUCGUUGAGCUGACGUUAGAAAUCAUUAGUUAGAUUUAAGAAAGUUAUUUGUUUAAAAGCUGCGAAAGAUUCAACCCUCCAUUGGAAAUGUGAGAGGACCCAGGUUAGACCCCUGGGGGACACCGCUCCGGAAGGAAUGGGGACUCGAAAAGACUUUUACAGCUUUGACCAGGAACAAUGCAAUGUUUAAUUAUUCCCCCAUUGAAUCCUUCCUUCAGGUUAUUUUUUAUUUUCUCUGUUUUCCCCAAAAGGAAAGAUAAACAAAAACAAAAAAGUGCGAUGUAAAUAUUUUGUAAAGUAUCUCAACUGUGCUCUGAAAUAUGUUUCAGAUAAACUGCCUGGUGGGUUGUUUUUUUCUUCAGUUUGAAGUCUUUAAUUCUAAAUAAUAAUAUUAAAAGUCACGUAAAUA